AUGGAUAACACUAAAGGCAACUUUAGUCUCGUAAAGGACUUCGCGAAGCAUCUUGUGGGAAAAUUUCAAAUCUCAGACGAAGGUACGCGUGUUGGAGCCAUUACAUUCGGUCACGGAGCACAUAUUCGUCUUCUGUUCAGUGAUCUAAAAGGCAAAGAAAACAACUUGCAGAAUGUGAAGGAACAGAUCAAUAGAUGGCGUAAAGGUUCUCCCGUUUAUGAUAACAAGACUAGUAUCAGCGAAGCUCUACGUGUUGCUAAAGAUUUCCUGUUUAGGACUUCCAGUGGCAUGAGAUUCGGGCAAGUAGAACAGGUAAUAAGCCUUCUUCAUUCCUCUGACACCCCUGAGGAGCCUUGAGAGUUUUCGCAGGAUGUGUCUUAGGAGGCCGUGUGUGUAUUGUGCGCCCAUUGCUGGUUUGCAUCAUUCCCAUGACACUCAACGCCCUUUGCAAACACUUAGGGCUUGUUUACAGACCCAUGCACUGCAGUGUAAUCACAUUGAUUGAGACCUCUGAGUAGACAAACGAUGUUUUCACACGUGAAAGAAUCGUUUGCGUCUUUGUUAUUUCUGUAUUAGGGUGUACGGUUAUAACACACGUUUUUCUUUUGUUUUCGUGACAGGUACUCGUGCUUUUCACAAACGCAAAACAACACUUGGGGCAGGCAGCUUCUACUCUCAGAAGAAUUCAGGAACUACAAAAUAAAGGAAUAAAAAUUAUUAUUGUGGGUAUUCAAAAACCAGACCCUAUUGAGCUGUUGAAGCUUGCCGGUGGAAUCGAGAACAUGCAUUGGCUGAAGUCUGAGGGCAGGAUUACAAGCAUCGCUACCAAAAUAUACCAGAGUGUAUGCAGUAAAGCCUAGGAUUUCAACAGGCUUCUAACUUUUGCAUAAUAAUUAUAAAUGCUAAAUGCUUAAUGAAGCCUCCUUAAGCCUCGGCAAAUAUAUCAUAUACAUCCCAGUUUAACCAUUGUAGUCAACACUGAAUAUAACUGCGCGCUUUGAGUCCUGAAUAAUUGAUGCAAACUCAGAUAUUUCGCAAAGAGUUUCAGAACUCUUGCGUUAAUUAACACGUAGGUUACAAUGAUGUUACUUUUCUCAUGUAUCAUUAUUGUUUAAUUUCAAAAUAAAAUCUGGAGUCGGGAAUAAUUUCAUGGCGUAUGGUUCUCAUUCAUGGGCUGAGACAGGGACACCCAACGAGAAUAUAGUUCAAAACCACUAAACAUAGCAUUGUUAAACGUAUUUUAGUAGUUAAACGGAAGAUAUAGGCAUAUUUUUAUCUCCUAAAAAUUUUUCAGCUGUUCGAAUUUCCUAGCUGAAAGUCUACUGAUCCGAAUAUUACUUUUUCGAACAUUUCAGUCAAAAAAGGCUCCCGAAAAUUCUAGGUGACCUUUUUAGGGUAAAAAUUUGUAAAAAAUGGGCAAUUAUACCAAUUUUUAGAUGUACGAAAAUCCUAGGAGAGGCAGGCAAGCAAGAAAUUUUACAUCAACUGUGCUGAAAAUUCUAGAUCUCAAAUCGUCUUCCGAACAGAUCUUUUCCGAAAAUUGACGUUAGGCCGCCCCUGCUGAGAGUAAACAAGAUUUGACGCAGCAUAGUAGCAGGGACAAAUAUUCGGGGCAUUAAGCACAAAACUUGACCACGGCCCUCAGUUUUUAUUUGGGGAAAAUAAAAAAGAUAAAAAUAUAUAUCGCCUUAUCUUACGGUAUCGUGUUGCAAAAAAUUAGAAUACAGUAUCUUCUCUCGUGGACCG